GUGCCUAAUUACUCUCUUUUACGUGCUAGUUGUGGGUGCCGAAAAAUUUCAAUUGGAAUGGUUGGCCCGUAAAUAAAGUGCUUGACCGUGGUUAUAACACAUAAAGGGAGUAAAACGCUGAAAUAUGAGGACGGAAAUGUAUUUGGACCUUAGUAAGACCUUACAAAACUGUUUCAUAAUUGUAAUGCUCUUAGUCUUGGUGCGUGAGAUUGAAUUAUUACGGUUCUUCAUCCGACUGCUUAGAUUCACCGUGGAAGAAAUAUUCUGAUGAACUUUCCUAACAGUGGCUACUGUUUUGUUUAUUGCUUAGCAGCAAAAUUGUAAAUGGGUCUGGCAAAUGAUGAAGGAAGCAUGAACGGAAAAAAAUGAGUGGUUCAAUGUAGGAAUCUUUAGGGUAUUGCCUAGUACUUGCCGCUGUUGCUUCACAAUGGCAUUAGAUUAGCGAAUCUUUGUGAACUUCUGCCAGCGUUACUGUUGCCCGCUGCCGUGUAUUGGAAAUAGCGGAUGAAUAAGCUUGUAUUGUUCCUAUCUCUAGGUUGUUACGCUUAUAAUGGUAAUUCCACCAUGAAUGUUCAAUUCAACUAAUGUGCUUUCAGAUCUCUGUUCAUGCAAAUCAUGUGCAGCGAUAUCCGUGGAGCAUCUUCAUGAUCUUGCGUAGCGCAAGAACUUUCAUGGAAGUUUCAUCAAGAGGAAUGUUGUGCUUUUGAGUUGUUGAAACUUUAUUUGAAGAAAAUUUAGUUUACGUUCAGAUUAUUAUGUUCAGAUGCAAUUUAUGCUAGUUGCCUUGUAUAUCAGGUACAACCGCGGCCCCACGGCCCACGCCAUUUUAGGCCGGCAUGAGGCUACGUCUGUAUGAGGAUGGCAUUCUGAAGUUUUCUAUGAUAGCUCAUUGUAUUUGAAGGAAAACUACUCUAAUCCUGUUAAUGUGCAAUGAUCUUAGUAAUUACUGUAUUCUGAAUGAAAGGAUAGCACGUAAAUUAAUCAGAAUAAGAAAGAUUGUGAAAAAGUAAAUUUUGCUUGUGAAAUCGGAUAAAGAUUGCUCUUGCAGCUUAUUCCACUUAUCGCCGAGCAAGUUAUAAUAGCUUCGUGAGACGUGAGGAGAACCGAUGUCUCUUGCGGUAGCAGCAGCAGCCCUAGACCGCGCUCUCAAAAAUAGCCCCUCUUCUAUCCACCCCCCUCAGUUGCCUGCCUACCCUCCGUACAGGAAUAGUUUCUCUGUUAAAUGUAGGCCUAUUACGUAUGUUCGUAGUAGGAACCACCGCUCGGUUUCUCCCACCAUAUCCUACAGAAAGUAUGCUGAAGAUGCCAGAUUUUUUUCUUCGAAGUAUGGACCUAGCCGUGGGCACCACUUGCACGAAUGGAACAAAAACUCUGACGGUAGAACGGUCAGAAGAACGGCUGAACAGAACGCCAGCUCACAACGAAUGGUAAGUCAGGUUGACUCUCUUAAAGACCAAAUAUUCUUCACCAGAGGCCUCACAAAGAAUUGGCCUCGUUCAUCGUGCCGAGGUAGACGUGGUGAAUUUCACGGCAGUAUAAGCGGAUCUGAGAUUUUUCACUCCAUCCCUCGUUUCCCCUUUCACGGUAUGAUCGGAACAAGAUUCCACGGUGGAAGAGCAGGGUUCACAGGCGCCAGGACAUCAUGCGAGCCACGUUUUGCUCAAAGGAACUCCCUGGGUAGUCGUGGCCUGAAUCCGUGCCGCCCUUUGACCACGUAUCAGAAUUCGGGAAGUUACGGAAAGUUUGAACACCCAAUAAUCACGUCGAGAACAAACGGCAGAUUUGCCAAUGACACUGAGAAAGUUAGAACUACGGAGUCUUCUUAUAAGAAGAGUCAUAAUGGCGACAUCAGGGACGCACCCAACGAACUUUCGUGCACAUCAGAUUUGAAUUUUGAGCCAACUCUAAUGAAAGGGCCCGACUCUUCGCUUUCGGGCUCAACACACUCGUCAAUGGGGUCUGGACCCACUGAAUAUGCAAGAACAAACAGUGUGCCCGAGUGUGAAGUCAUAUCUGAGCACGCUCCAUUUCUCGGGAUUACUGACCUUCAGCCCGAACAUUCUCUGGAACGGACCAAACUAUGCACUGAUCAUGUUGUAACUUCUAAGGUCUUCGUUAACCCUGCAACGCAAGACGUUCCUCUAAAUAAGCAAGACGAGAUGCUCAAUCCGGACAAGAAAUCUUGCUCGUUCAGGACAUCCUUGAAGCAUAGCCCCAAUAUAACCUGCAGGUUCUCGGAAAAUUAUGACGCUGAAAUCUGUAGUAAUGGCACAGGUUUAUCAAGUCUAGCCAGUAAUGAACUAACUAUGGCUAUACCCUCUAGAUCAUCAGUAGCUCCUCGUCCGGCAAAUAAUAUAACUUGCAUUUCGCACACAGCCUCGAAUGCCUGGCCGUCAAGUUCCGCUGGUUCCGGUAAUUCAUCACACUCGGGUGAUUCUAAUUUGGCUGUAGCAUGUAAUGAGGCUGGGCACUGGCUCACGGCCGACUCUCUUCAGAUACCUGUCGACGAGGUCAAUUAUUCGGGUCCGCAGUUCUUUAGUAAAGAAGAAUCUGUUGCUGAAAUAUUGGAGUUCAGGUCCAUUUGUGAAGAGCGAAACGGGAGCAUAGUGGUAAAACCAGAUAUCGCUUCUCUCAUUCUACAAGGCUGUUUAUCUUCGGAAAAGGUCCAAACAAAGUGUUGGAAUGCGAAUGAAACUAGUUCUACAUCGGGAGGCAUUGAAGAAUGUCAACGCUCAGAGCAUGAAGAGUCUGGUUUCGAAAAUGAUGUUGCUGUAGCGAACGUAGAUUCCUGUCCAGAUUUAUUGUUUGACUUCAUCUAUCAUUCCGAAAAUGCAAGUUUCAUGUCUUCUUCACCCAAAAAGGACCGCCAAUUUUCGGAAGAAAGUGCUGCCGAUAUAGAAGAGGAAAGUUCACGGAUGCCAUCGUCGACUCAGGCUGUGCCUGGUGUGCGUAGGCGGUCAACCAGCGUCAUUUCGUCGAUUAAAUCUAGCAAGAAGAAACUCGUGAAUUCCGGGCUGGCUAAAAGCCUGAAUUUCUCUGAAGAAACGGAAGUUUCUGAGCAUGAUAAGGUGGAAUUACAAUCUGGUCUUGAAAACUCAGAGAAUGGGACAAUUGUUUCUGGGAGCACGGCUUCAACUCCAAAUGCAGUUUCAAAGUCAACAUAUGCACCUGCUUUAUAUGGAUCCUCGGUUGUGAGCGAGAGCGAACUAAAUGUUUUUGAGCACAUUGCAUGGGGUUGCAACGUUAAACCUUAUAACGAACCUUACGGUGUUGCAACCCCAACCUGGAAUGAACCUGAGAGUAUUUCUGACCGGAGAUCAAAGAGCGCCAACUCUUCCAGCGAAGUUGACCGUGCUGAAUCGGAGCUGCAAAACUUGUCUUAUCUUGAUCAGAAGCAACCUCAAGAGUCGAAGUACAAAACGGAGCUGUGUAGGGCGUUCCAAAUAAGAGGCAAUUGCAGAUAUGGGUCUCGGUGCAAUUACGCUCAUGGCCUCGAUCAAUUGAAGGUGUCUUUCCAUCACGGCAAGUACAAAACGCGCAACUGCCAAGCCUACCACGAGUCGGGCUACUGUCGGUAUGGAGCUCGCUGCUCUUUCAUCCACGAUCUGGAGGAAGGAAUACUUAAGUGUUCCAUUGCCAACAAAGAGAUACUUGAAGCCCUUCAUCACUGGCCUGAAGAAAAUACGACUGACAGAUCUGCGACAGUCACUUGGCGAGUGUUCAGUGGUUGUCGUAAUGCAGACUCUAAUGAUACGUUGCUGGAGUUUACUGCUAUCCCUUCCUUGAGGCCUGCAGACGUGGAUUCCAUAGAGAGCGGCUCCCAUGACAACGUCUCGCGCAUCUACACGCUAGAUGCUGGUCGGUAUACAAUGCAAGCAACAGUUCGCUCCAGAGAUGAGACUUCAAGAGACUGCUCACAAUCUAUAACUAAAACCAAAGUGUAUGGAUCGGAUGAAACGAUUUUUUCAGAAAACCUCCAACCGAAUUAUGUUGGAUUUAGAGACCAGUUUCGCCAUAGUGAUCGUUUCCCGUCAAGCAGACGUCCUUCGAUGAUUAGAAGCAGCGUAAAUGAUCUGAUUACUCUUCUGCGCUCUGUAGAAACAAGUUUUUCCUUUAGGAGAACUGCACCUCAAGUUAACUUCAGAGUCAACAGGAGCCGCGAAAGUGGGGGAUUCGCCAAAUCGACACGGAGCUGUGAGGGCUAUGGUAGAAAUGAAAACUUCGGGGGAAAUUGUGACCGGCGCAAUUUCAACUCUGAAGCAUAUCAAAACGGGUGGGAGGAGGAUGAGGGUUGCAGGUUAAACGAGGACGGAAGAGGACGAAUUGCGUCGAGUUACAAAAAGAAGAAAUGUUACAGCUUCCACCAGAACGGGUUUUGCUUGUACGGUCCUUAUUGUCACUUUCUGCACGACGAGGAUUGAACAGUUCAUCGUGUGGAAAUGGGCACCUCUCUGAAGGGUUUUCUGAAAGAAAGUUGUCGUGAACCCUAGUGUGUGAUGGCAGGCAAGAACUGGUCUUGGUAAGUUUUAGCGAUUGAUUCUGGUUUUAUGUAAAUCUUUCAAGUCUUGAGACUUCCAGCACACGUGGAAUCGCAGAAGGAAGCUAUAAAUUUUUUAUAUAAGCUAACCUCCUCGUUAUGGUUUUUUGAGAGAUCGUUCAUAAUUUAAUCUGGAAGCUUUAUUUAUAAUUUCCCAUCAAUACAUGGAGGUCCAGGCUCUUCAUAUUUCAUUCUGUUCAAGCAUUCCAUUAACGAAUUUUUAGUAGCUUUUAUGGGAUGCCAAGUAGAUGGUGCAUUUUCAUAGCUAGGAAUGCAGAAAUGUUAGCAUUUUUAUAUAAUGCUUUUAACUGCCGUUGGACUAAUCUUAAUGCAGAAUGUGGAGCCUUCGAUUUUUUUAUCAGUUAGCUCUCGUCGGUGAAAUUAUAUCGUGCAAAGUUUUCUUCCUAAAACUAAUGAGAACAAAAUCAGUUACUUGAAUCUGAUAUGAUUGCUUUUUAUGCUGAUUAUUUAAUAAAAUUGUUCCUUCUGUUCCA